AAAAAACUGGAAAUUUUUUUUUAAAAAAAAAAACGAGCAAAAGAUGAACCUCCUCUUUUCACCGUACUGAUAAUUUAUCGUUGAGUUUCUUCGAGAUCAUUCCUGUGGUCUAGAAAUGAACAACCGAAUUAAAGAAGGAUCCAGCAUGAUUUGUGCUUAUGGUCGUUCAGAUGGAUCAAGCAGCAUUAUGAGUUUUGAUGGAUCAGAAACUCGUCAAAGUACAGAUGAUAAUAAACAAGCUCAUCAAAGUUUAGUGGAGUGGUUAAAUGAGACACUUCCUUAUUUAAAGUUACCAUGGGAAGCUUCAGAGGAAGAUUUGAGAGCAUGUUUGAUGGAUGGUACUGUCUUUUGCAAUCUCUUGAAUCAGCUCAGUCCCGGUUCAUUGAAAAUGGGAGGUAGUUUUGAGCUUGCUUCUUUAAAUAUUGAGAGAUUUUUGACAGCUAUGGAUGAAAUGGCCUUGCCUAGAUUUGAGGCUUCAGACUUACAACAGGGAGAUAUGGUUCCAGUUUUACAGUCUCUUAAAGCGCUUAAAGCUAGUUUCUCUGAUAAUGGAUAUGAUAAGAAUACACUUUGUGCAAUGAGACGAUGGAGUUGGCCUGAGGAUCAUUCAAAUUUAAAGGGACUUGAUAGCAACUUUAAUGAUGGACUACAGUUGAAGGAAGGAUCCGAGAUCAAUAUAUCUCAUGCCAAAAUUUUGGACUUACUAAAAUCAAACAAUUUACAAAAUACUUCUACUCGAUCAUUGUUCGAUAUGCUCGAUAAGCUUCUUGACGAGAGCGUGCAGAAGAUGAAUGUGGAUGUGUCUCAUGCUUUUGCGUCUAUUUUGAGAGGCAUUGUGGAAGUAGUGGAACAACGGAUCUCAAAUCAAGCUGAGAACCUAAAGAAUCAAAAUAUACUCUUUAGGGUUCGUGAAGAAAAAUAUAGAUCAAGAAUAAAAGUAUUAGAAACUUUGGCAUCUGGUACAACAGAUGAGAAGGAGCUAGUGUCAGAAGAACAAGAUGUGCUCCAACUGAAAAAGGAAAGAGAGCGCAGGGAUGCUGAUAUUUCUAAGUUAAAGCAAGAACUUGAACUUGUGAAAGAGACACAUGAAGAACAGUUUUUGAAUCUAGAAUCAAAUGCUCAGAUAGCUAAGAUUGAGUUGGAGAAGCAAUUAAAGGACUCAGAGUUACGUGUAGUAGAGUCAACCGAAAAAGCGAAAGAACUCGAAAAUUUAUGGGAAACUAAAAGUAAAAGAUGGGAGAAGAAAGAGCAAACAUACAAGAGUUUUAUAUACCACCAGACAGAGGCUUUGCAGGAGUUGAGAGCUACCUCAAUGUCUUUAAAACAAGAAGUCCUAAAGGCAAGAGAAAACUACUACCAAGAUCUAAAUUACUACGGCUUAAAGCUCAGAGGAGUGGUUCAUGCAGCAAAAAAUUACCAGGUAGUUGUUGAAGAGAAUCGAAAGCUUUACAAUGAAGUGCAAGAACUAAAAGGAAACAUUAGAGUCUACUGUCGGAUAAGACCAUUCCUCGAAGGGCAAAACAAGUCAGAAACAUCAAUAGAGUACACAGGUGAGAAUGGUGAGCUGGUUGUUGCAAACCCCUUAAUGCAAGGCAAAGAUACUCACAGGUUCUUUAAAUUCAACAAAGUCUUUGGCCCUGCAUCAACUCAAGAGGAAGUAUUCUUAGAUACCCGACCAUUGAUUCGUUCCAUUCUUGAUGGCUAUAAUGUGUGCAUAUUUGCUUACGGUCAAACGGGUUCGGGAAAGACUUAUACAAUGAGCGGACCAAGCAUAAAUUCAGAAGAAGAUUGGGGUGUAAACUAUCGAGCUUUAAAUGACUUGUUUCACUUAACUCAAAGUAGUCAAAACACAGUCAUGUAUGAAGUUGGUGUUCAAAUGGUUGAGAUUUACAAUGAGCAAGUUCGUGACCUACUUUCUGAUGAUGUUCCUGAUGCAAGCAUGCAUUGUGUAAGAUCAACUGAAGAUGUUCUUGAAUUGAUGGAUAUUGGUUUGAUGAACAGAGCUGUUGGAGCCACAGCUCUUAAUGCAAAAAGCAGUAGAUCACACAGUGUUCUUUCUGUUCACGUACGCGGUGUUGAUGUCAAGACUGACUCCAUAUUGCGUGGUAGUUUGCACUUGGUUGAUCUUGCUGGAAGUGAGAGAGUCGAUCGCUCUGAAGUAACUGGAGAUAGACUCAGGGAAGCUCAACAUAUAAACAAAUCAUUGUCAGCUCUUGGAGAUGUUAUUUUCGCUCUAGCACAUAAGAACCCUCAUGUACCUUAUAGAAACAGCAAGCUUACACAAGUCCUCCAAAAUUCUUUGGGAGGACAAGCCAAAACUCUUAUGUUUGUUCAGAUUAAUCCUGAUGAAGGUUCAUAUGCUGAGACAGUAAGUACUUUGAAAUUCGCGGAAAGAGUUUCUGGUGUCGAGUUAGGUGCAGCGAGAAGCUAUAAGGAAGGACGAGAUGUUAGACAACUCAUGGAACAGGUAUCGAACUUGAAAGAUAUGAUUGCCAAGAAAGACGAAGACCUUCAAAAGUUUCAAAACGUAAACGGUAUCCAAAAACGUGGAUUAAGCAAUCUAAGAUUUGAGUCUCCUUCGCCUAGAAGACAUUCAUUAGGAGGAGCUUCACCAAAUGCUUCAAGACGAAAACAAGGAUCUGGUUUACUUAGAACAACUUCAGAUUCAGCUAGACAUAAUGAAUCAUCGUCUAAGUUUUCUGAAACUGAUGGCUCAAUUAGUAGCAGAGCAAUGGAGUUGAGUCUCUUCCCUGAAACCUCAAAUCCUCCUGAAAUGUCUGAACAAUCUGAACAAAGUGAAAAAGCAAAUGCUGGACCAUCAAAGUCACUGAAGCAUACACCAAGACCAGACCAAACUAGACCUUCUCGUCUGUCCAUUUCCACAUCCUCCUCCUCCAAAGCUUUAACAAGUUCUAAAAGACCGAUCAAUGGCUUUUCAUCUUCAGUAAAACCUCUCAGCAGAAAGCGAUAAAGGAUAUUAUUGCGAUAACUUUAUUUUAUGGAGAUUAAAAUCUAUGAACAAAAGCUUUCUUUCUUCUACGAAUCAAUUAACCUUGUUUUGUUUAUUCGAAACUUGUAAGUAAGAUCUGGUUUGAACAAAUUAUCAAUGAAAAUUGCUUGUGAU